AGCCGUUGUGGCUCAGGGCCGUUUUUUGGCUCAUUCAGUUUUGUAGGCCAGCCGCACCUCAGCCAUGCCGAAGGGCACGGUCAAGAAGUUCUUCGAGGACAAGGGCUUCGGCUUCAUCACGCCCGACGACGGUGGCGACGACGUGUUCGUGCACCGGAAGGUGAACGGGGACGACCGGACCGCGUACCUCGAGGAGGGCGAUGCUGUCAGGUACGAGGUGGAAUGGGACGAUCGCAAGGGCAAGUACUCGGCCUCGUCCUGCGAUGGGCCAUGGAAGACAGGCGGUGGCGGGGGAGGUGGCGACUGGGGCGGCGGCGGCGGGGGCAAGGGCGGGGGCAAGGGCGGCGGCUACAGGUCUUACUGAGACCACAGGGAUCUGGGUCAUGCCACUUGAGUGCGGGAAGUGCGCUUGUGUGCGCGGAAGGGAGGACUCGCCCGAAUGAUCUCAACCCGUUCCAUUUGUGUUGAGCGCCGCACGGCGAUGCGGAUCUGCCCAGCCUCAGGUCUUGUUUCGUCGCUGUCAGCCGGAUCUGCGAAGGAUGGUCUGCGCGCCGCCUGAGCGCAAGGCAUCGGACGUGCCGCGGCGGAAACGACUCUGCUUCUGCUCUUCCUCAUCG